UGCUUCACUCCAUGGCCCACGUAUCAGAGAAUCGGCAAGAAAUUAAUUAAUCCGCGUCACGUCACAUAUCAAAGGCCAUAUACUAUAAAUAACCCUACAUACACUCCGCCAUUAUUAAUUCCACAAAACAACGGUUACAAACAGCGAAAAUGAUUAACAAAGCAAUCUUCCUUCUUCUCAUCUCUCUCGUCCUCCUUCCUCUCCACGCGCUUGCAGUACCGCUUCUGGGCGGAUGGCGUCCCCUCCGCGACGUCAAGGACCCUCACGUCAUAGCAGUCGGCGAAUUCUCGGUCUCAGAGUACAACAAGAAGAGCAAAUCCGAACUCAAGUUUGUCUCGGUCGUUAGCGGCGAGUCUCAGGUAGUCGCUGGCACUAAUUACCGUCUUAUUGUGGCGGUUAAUGACGGUGUGGAGAUAACCGGUGGUGGUGAGAGCAAGAACUACGAAGCGAUUGUAUGGGAUAGGCCGUGGUUGAAAACAAUGAACCUCACUUCUUUCAAACCUUCCAUUUAAACUAAUGGCUCUCUGUGUUCUUCUCCAUAUGUAAUGGAUCUGAUAAAAACAGUAAAAAGUUAAAUAAAUUAAACAAGGAUUUUAAUGUUGAUUUUUUUGUAUUAUUAUCUGUUUUUUUCAAGUUUCAUGUUGUUGGGGGUACGUAAAACCGUAGAAUUGAUGCAGAUGAAGGCAAUGUUAUUUUAACUGAUUGAAUGAACAAGUGUUACCCCAUCCCGCUAAUUACGCCGGCUAAUCAGUUACACAGUCACGAGACCGUUGAGAAAGAUGUAUUAGACUAUUAAUUAUUUAAUUAAGUGAGUUUAGAAUAUCAAUCAUUUGGAAGAAAUUACAAAGGAGGAGGACACGAGAUAACCACAUGUGAGAGAGAAAGUGUAAAGCGAACAUGUCUUUGGUCCAUCUAAUAUUACAGCUAGCUCAUGUGACCAGUAUUUAUUCAACUACCACUUUCAC